AUGCCAAUGCUGCGUAUACGACAAUGUUCUCGAGCACUGAACGCUUCUAAUCGAUCGCUGAAGCUAUUCCAACGUGUAUUGGAUACGAGAUCGACGUAUAAUGACGCAGCGAUUUGCGAAACCAAGAAAAAGCACGUAGUCGUGGGAAUGUCUGGUGGUGUCGACUCGUCAGUUGCUGCAUUGCUGCUCAAACGCCAAGGCUAUCACGUCACUGGUGUAUACAUGAAAAAUUGGGAUUCAAGUGAUGAAGAUGGAGUUUCAGCAUGUCCUGUCGACUUGGAGUAUCGAGAUGUGCAGAAAGUAUGCGAACAGCUCGGUAUCGAGGCACAGAUGGUGAAUAUGGUUCAGUCAUAUUGGAAUCAGGUCUUCGCUCCGUGUUUAAAAGGGUAUGAAGAGGGUUUAACACCAAAUCCAGACAUUUUAUGCAAUCGGGAGAUUAAAUUCAAGGCUUUCACUGAGUACGCAAAGAGAAUUGGUGCUGACUAUGUAGCAACCGGUCAUUACGCGGCAUUGCGACCUGUAGAACUAGGCGGACUUCCGCAACUAUUUGCGGCCGAGGAUAGUACUAAAGACCAAAGUUACUUUUUGUCUAAUGUAGAUGGAAAAGCGUUUGAAAAGGUACUAUUUCCACUGGGAGGAAUGCGAAAGACGCAAGUACGACAGAUCGCAGAAAGUGAAGGUCUAUGCACAGCUUCAAAGAAAGACUCGGUCGGUAUCUGCUUUAUAGGCAAGCGUAACUUUCCGGAUUUUAUCCAUCAGUACAUCCAGCGUCAAGAAGGAUACUUUCAUGCCAUAAACGGCACAAAAUUGUACCCACAUCGUGGGUUUACAGCUUACACUGUUGGUCAAGGCGCUCGUCUUCACGGAAUGAGUGCCAAGUGGUUUGUAGUUGGCAAGCGCAAGUCCGAUUACUCGAUUUUCAUUGCUCAGGGCACUCGAAACCCGGCGCUGUACUCGGACACUCUUUAUGCUUCAGCAGCACAAUUUAAUUGGAUUGCAGGAGAUUUACCUCACGAUUUUCAACACAUCGGUCGCCUUCGCUGCUACUACCGAGUUCGUUAUCGUCAAGACUUGGAUGCAUGCACCGUCUCGUUUGUAUCCAGCCACGAUGCAUUACUAAAUGCAAGUAAAUUUCACGAUUGGCAGCCUGAACUAGUGGAUGACGAUAAUCUUGAUGGAAAAGAGAUGACCAGAACCUACUUACGAGUAGACUUUGACCAUCCACAGCGUGGAGUCACGCCUGACCAAUCUCUCGUUUUGUACCGAAGUGACGGACUAUGUUUUGGUGGCGGUCCAAUCGCUGCCGCUGGAAAAACUUAUUACGAGCAGGAUAGACUACUUCCAAACGAUGCACCGGACUGGCGUAGUCAAGGCUAA